UUCUUUCUUCCAGAAUCAAAAAAGUGUGACGGGCGACUAUUUUAUGAAUUUUGAGUUGAAUUUAUAUUAAAAAAUGUCGACCCUCGCUGCGCCCUUAUCCGUCGCGGGGACCAGAACUUCUGGAGCCCCAGUCCGCACUCAAAAUGUUAUGGCAGCAGCUGCCAUCGCCAACAUAGUGAAGAGUUCUCUGGGCCCUGUGGGGUUGGACAAAAUGCUGGUGGAUGACAUCGGAGAUGUGACAGUCACUAAUGAUGGAGCCACUAUUCUGAAAAUGUUAGAGGUGGAGCACCCAGCAGCCAAAGUUCUGGUGGAGCUAGCACAGCUGCAGGAUGAGGAAGUCGGAGACGGCACCACAUCUGUUGUCAUCAUUGCUGCUGAACUACUCAAGAGCGCCGACGAGCUAGUAAAGAACAAGAUCCACCCCACAAGCAUCAUCUCGGGGUACCGUCUCGCCUGCAAGGAGGCCGUCAAAUACAUCCAGGAUAAUCUGACAGUCACAGUGGAGUCCCUCGGCCGGGCUUCCAUCGUCAAUGCUGCCAAGACCACCAUGUCUUCAAAGUUGAUUGGAGCUGACGCAGACUUCUUCUCCGAGAUGGUAGUAGAUGCAGCGCACGCUGUCAAGACGACAGACCCUCGCGGCAACGCAGCGUACCCAAUCAAAGCAGUCAACAUUCUCAAGGCGCACGGCCGCAGCGCGCGGGAGAGUGUGCUCGUUAAAGGAUACGCCCUCAACUGCACUGUGGCGUCUCAGGCCAUGCCCAAGAAGAUUGUCAAUGCUAAGAUUGCCUGCCUCGACUUCUCGCUCCAGAAGACUAAGAUGAAAAUGGGGGUUCAGGUGCUGGUCACCGAACCAGAGAAGUUGGAAGCGAUUCGCGCGCGCGAGCUGGACAUCACAAAGGAGCGCCUCCAGAAGAUCCUGUCGACGGGCGUCAACGUGAUCCUGUGCAGCGGCGGCAUCGACGACCUCUGCCUCAAGUACUUCAUCGAGGCCGGGGCUAUGGGCGUGAGGCGCUGCAAGAAGGCAGACUUGAAGAGGAUUGCUAAGGCUACUGGAGCCUCGUUCCUCACCUCACUCACCAAUAUGGACGGUGAGGAAGUGUUCGAGCCCAGCAUGAUCGGCGAGGCGGCGGAAGUUGUACAGGAACAGAUCUGCGACGACCAGCUCAUCUUGAUCAAGGGGCCGGCCGCCCGCACGGCGGCGUCCAUCAUCCUCCGCGGGCCCACGGACGCGUACUGCGACGAGAUGGAGCGGUCGGCGCACGACGCGCUGUGCGCCGUGCGGCGCGUGCUGGAGUCGGGCAAGCUGGCGCCCGGGGGCGGCGCCGUCGAGGCCGCGCUCUCCAUCUACCUGGAGAACUUCGCCACCACGCUGAGCUCCCGCGAGCAGCUGGCCAUCGCCGCGUUCGCGCAGUCCCUGCUGGUGAUCCCCAAGACGCUGGCCGUCAACGCGGCGCGGGACGCCACCGACCUCGUCGCCAAGCUGCGCGCCUACCACAACUCCAGCCAGACCAAGGUAGAGCACGCAAACCUCAAGUGGGUGGGUCUGGACCUCACAGAAGGCGUUCUCCGCGACAACCUGGCCGCCGGCGUCCUCGAGCCCGCCAUCUCCAAGGUGAAGUCUCUCAAGUUCGCGACCGAGGCCGCCAUCACCAUCCUGCGCAUCGACGAUAUGAUCAAGCUGGACCCGGAACAGAAGGGGGGGCGGAGCUAUGAGGACGCCUGCAACGCUGGAGAACUAGACUAACCCCAAUACGAGUUACUGCACUCUCGUCACUGUAAAUACGUCACAAGGGUGAAUCAAAAAGUACCUUGUUACAUAAUUCGAGUGGCGCGUUUUACACAUUUUUCUAAAAUACUGGCUAUAAAUAAGGCCCAUAAAAGAAGAUUCGAUUCGACACAAGGGAUACCAUAAUGUACCACGAAAUAUACAGGGCAUAUUUAAAAUUGGAACUCCACUGAAAAUUCAAAAUGGUUCAGUGUUUACCCGUUUCGGUGGCGAAUUUACACUGGCGAGUGUACAAAUACCCCAGUGAGAUCUCAGUACUACACUAGACUGAUUAUUCGUAGUUGAACGAGUCACAUGGAACUAGGAAGAUGGGGUACGAUCGUGCAGCGGUUUUUAGUUGUGAAAAUUGUUUGCGUUCAUUGGAGCACUCUUUUUAAGUGUAUAAGUAUGUAUUAUCACAUUAAAAACUUUUUGCUACUUUUCUACUGCCGCUGUAAACGUUAGUACAUAACCCGUCACGGCUUCUAAAAUCAAUGAUUACAGACAUAAUCGAAUUAGAAAAGUUCCACUGAGUAUUUUUCUACAAGUAACACUAAGUGAAUUUGUACUGGGAUCGGGUUUUAUUUACUGUGGAUGUGUGCUUGAGGUGCCUGAGUGACUGCUGUCAUCAUUCUUUUAGGAAGAUUUAUUAUGUAUUAAUCCCACUGCGGACCCUGCAAAACAUAGAGGAACUAGAUGAAUGCAAAAUAUGUCUCGAUUUAGUUCAACUUGUCCAAUGUUAUUGCAGUGUCCGCAUUGGGUCUUUAAAACUAAUCGCAAUUUUGCUAGUAUCGAUAGAAUUCAUGGAAUUAAUUGAAGUUUAUUGUAUGAAAAGUUUAUGUUGUGUAACAAAUUAUAUCACUUACUACUCCUGCAACCAGCAUUGUAAACACGAAAGUAUUAUAUCCUUGUUCUAAACAAUGUCACAAUAGAUCGGAAGGAUCCGUUUAAUUUACUUAAAUUACUCGGAUUUAUUUAUUUUUAACCGACAAUGGUUUCUUUGCUUUUAACAUUAAUGCUAGUUUAAAGCUAGGGCGUAUGAAAUAAACUUAAUUUUAAUACUAUAA